AUGCUGUGCGGGCAUCUACAGUUCCUCCGGCAGUUUAGUGAGGGCAUCGAGCCCACCAACCUGGAAGAGGUGAGGAGAGUGGGGGACUUGAAGCUGGAGGAGCUGUUCUAUGCCGAGCUGAACUCGGACAAGCGUCUCUCGUUCUUGAAAGCGCUGUGGGACGAGAAUGUCUUUGUGUCUUUCCUGUGGGGGUUCCAGAGUGUAUUACACUUCAAACGCUGCUGGGAUGAUCCGACCAUCCAAGAUCUUUACAAGGACAAAUUCAUCUACAUUGCGGACCUAAUAGUCCAGUACAUCCUCACCCCGCGCAACAUCACUCAAACUUGCACGGUCUUAUCGUCCAACGCGCUCAUACGAGCAACUAUCGAGAUUCCUGAAGACCGCACCACUGCGUACGCAAAGUUCCGUGCCGCAGACGAGACUUUGUGGACUGACGCAGAUGGGCCAGGCAAUGAGGGCAUUCUCUGGGUGCAAGAAUCUGCGACGCCGUCGACAAGCGUAAAGACGCUGAAGUACUACACCACGUCCCAACUACGGGGUACGGUGAACAUGACCAUUUGA